AUGCGUACCUCCAUCCUCUUCGCUACUCUCUCGGCCUUCGCGCUGGCCCAGGGCGCCAUCGCCGCCGACACUGCCGACAAUGGCAACCCAGCCACCAAGUACCUCACCGAGACCAACUCCAAUGGUGUUGUUACCGGCCAACCUGAGGCUGUCACCUCGCAACCCGCUGUCGUGACCAGCGAGCCCGCCGUUGUGACCUCGCAGGAGCCCGCUGCCUCGAUCCCCGCUGGCAUGUCCACUCCCGCUGCCGGCCAGCCUGGCCAGACGACCAUGACCUCGGUCAAGUCCAACACGCAGACGACUUCCAUUGCCACGGUCAGUGGUGCUACCCACACUGGGACUCACCCCAACUCCAACUCCAAUUCCAACUCCAACUCCAACUCCCAGUCGGCUUCUGCCUCGGCGAGUGCAACCCACACCACCAACGCUGCGCCCCUGGCCACCGCUGGCUCUCUGGGUCUGGUUGGUCUGGCCGCCCUGGCUGCUUUCCUGUAA